AGAAAUAGAGACAAAAAAACUCUUUCAACAAUAAUAUCCCCACAACCUCGCCAAAUCUUUCCCUUUUUCCGUUUCCUUCCCUUCUCUUAGUAACAGUCGUUUCUCUGCCGGAUCACAAAAACAAAUAUAUAUAGCAAAAGACCGUUGAUAUAUAUAUAUAUAUAUAUAUAUAUACGGAUAAUCAUUUGUUUUGAUUGUUAAACGGCUUUUUAACGGGUGUUACGUUUAUAGAGAAGAACAGUUUGUCAAUCACAUAGAUCAUGGGUUUUCUAGACAAACUUUGGGACGAAACGCUUGCCGGGCCUAUGCCAGAAACCGGCCUCGGAAAACUACGAAAGUAUGGUUCAUUUUCAGCCGCAUCAUCAUCGCCUGCUACCGCUGAUACUAGUCAGGUUAUGAUAACUAGGAGCAUUACGAUUCUUAAGAGUAACUCUGGUUUGAAAAACCUAUCUAUGGACCCGGGUUCAGCUCCGGGUUCUCCUUCUGGGUCUAGCAAUCCUGGGACACCUUUGUCACCGGGGACACCGACUGGGGAUUUUAGGAGAUUCACGAGAAGGAAAUCGCCGGCUGAAGCACUUCAAUCGGAAGAACCUAGAAGUCCGACUGUUUACGAUUGGAUUGUGAUGAGUGCUUUGGAUCGUUGAGAGAGGAAAUUUGGCGACUUUCGUUUUUGAAGAAUCGACAUAUGAAAGAAACUUUUUGUACAUAUUAUCAAGCUUCGGUUAAAGUUUCAUCAUAUCAUAUCAUAUCAUAUAUCUUAUGCAGCUAUAUACGCAUAUCAUAUGUGUAUCGGUAAUUAUUAAGUUGGUAAUUAACAAGAAUAAAAGGACUGGAUGAUUCGAAUGAAGAAUCGUUAAACCGAUGGAGAAAAAAAACUAUCACUGCAAUUUCAUGGAGUUUCCGAGAGAGAGGAACGACAGACGUAGGAACCUCUUUUGUACAUAUUUCUUUUCUUUUUCAUGUGCAUAUGGUUUUGUGUUUAUCUUUGUCUUAGCUUUUAAUUUGUAAAUAUCAGUCUCUGUAUAUAUAUCCUCAUGUAAUGGAACUCGGUAAUUUGCAGCUAUAAAACUAUAUAUACGAUUAUCAAUA